ACUUCAUGCAUCCAUACGUCCAUGUCAGUGGAGAUGGAUUUGGGUUUGCCUGCCACAGAGCCUUUCUACUGCCUUUUUCUCAAUGGGAUUACAUUAUGUUAUGAUGUUUUCUUUCAGAGAUGGCAGGUUUGGGCUACAGUAUGAAUGACUGAUAGACAGCUGCAUGGAUAGUAAACCUAUUUUACCUUACAGGGUCCCGUGCACGUUUUGAGGACAGCCCACCUCGGAUCGUGGAGGACCCCUCUGACCUGAUUGUGUCCAAGGGGGAGCCCGCGACCCUCAACUGCAAGGCAGAGGGGCGGCCUAACCCCACUGUGGAGUGGUACAAGGACGGGGAGCGGGUGGAAACGGACCGGGAUGACCCUCGGUCUCACCGAAUGCUCCUUCCCAGCGGCUCCCUCUUCUUCCUGCGUAUCGUCCACGGACGACGCUCCAAACCAGACGAGGGCGUCUACACCUGUGUGGCACGUAACUACCUUGGAGAGGCUGUCAGUCGCAACGCUUCACUGGAAGUGGCCAGUAAGUCUUUGUAAUUUUACUUGCUGUAUAUGUCACCCAUGACCUGUGUGUGUUUGUCUCGCUCGCUCUCUCUCAAAGCACAACAGGUGAAGAGGACAGGCUUUCAGCUGCUAUCUUGAACUUCUGAAAAUAUGACCAUGUAUUGUAGCCCUCAGUAUCACGUGGUCGUCACUAGUUGUCACAAAGUCAUAAACCCCGCCUAUUUCUACAAUUUAUAUUUUUAAAAUCUGAUUUUAACCCUAACCUUAACCACACGAGUAACCUUAAAUUAAGACCAAAAAUCUCUUUUUUUGUUUUGCGAUAUAGCCAAAUGACUUUGUGGCUGUGGUAACUAGUAACAACCACAUCACUUUAUUUAUUUUUAUUUUAUUUAUUUCACCUUUAUUUAACCAGGUAAGCCAGUUGAGAACAAGUUCUCAUUUACAACUGCGACCUGGCCAAGAUAAAGCAAAGCAGUGCGAUUAAAAACAACAACACAGAGUUACAUAAGGGGUAAAACAAAACAUAAAAAAUUGCCACUUUCUCUCUUUCCCCUUCUAAUUGUGGCAGUGUGGCAUGACCCAGGGCUGAACGCAGGCCCUUUCUGGCGUUAGGAAAUGGAUUAGCGGAGUGUGUUAAUUAGGAAAAGGAGCAUAACAGAUUAAGGAAUGUCUCCUCGUUUAAAAACAUAAAACAGCAAUUUGCCUGCAUCUUAUCUUCCACCAGAGCACAGAGCCAGCCAGGCCUCCUCACCCUCAGCCUCUAACUGCUCAUGGCUCACGGACCUCCUCCACAGCUCAUGUUCAAAAAUAGGGCCAGCUUUAGUUCAGCUUCCACACUGAGUGAUAUAUCCACACUCAUAAACGGCAGAACAUCAAAUAUUAGAGAAAAACUAAAUAUAUUAGCACAGAACAGCUUCCAUAGAAAAACAUUUAAGCGCCACAGUUAUAUUGUUGUUUUUGAUGAUGAAUUCUCCUCAGCCAGUGGCGAUGUAGCUGGAGAUGACGCAGUCAUACCAGUAAGGCUAUGUAUCACCUAGAUGCAGACUCUCGGUGACUAACUGCGGUAAUGACUGUAUUGUCCUAGGUCUGGUGCCUCUGGGUAGCUGGGGAAUAUGUUAAGACAGUAGGGUGUUGGUGGUCUUAGCUUCACUAAAUGUCUUGAUUAGGACUGAAUUGCUACCAUGGUAACGAUAGUGAAAUGUCACAGUGAGAUCAAUGCAACUCCUGGAUGGGAGUAGCUCAGAGGAAAGAUCCAUUGAAUUUCUGUGGUAUGUAGGCACGCAUAGAUCUGAACCAUGACACCUCACCCUGCCCUGACUGUAAUGGGGAUUGGCUAAAGUAGAGUAUUACCGCAACAGGGUUGUGGAAUUUAGAUAGAUAUAUUUCUACACAGUUAGUUCCUUCCACACAAUCAGUCCCUUCACAGCACAAAUGCAUCGGAAGUGACAUGUAUUUCAUGCUUAAAUGCUUUUUCGCCUUCGGGGUCCACAACUCAGGCUUCAGUAUAGCUAGACAGUGUUGCUUCAUUUGACUUCCUCAGAAUAAGCUUAAUGUUGGGUAUGGAAAUGCUAAACAGUGAUUUAUUGCUGCCUGUGUUCUUGUUGUUGGCAUGAAUAAGCUGCAAGCGACCAGCUGAAUAGCAGGGCUGUUGAGGCGCCUAGUUAAUGAGAUAUUGUGUAUGAAUCCAUUCACAUAUUCCUCCCAAAAAUAGCAGUGUUCUGCUCUGUCAGAUAGCCUUUAUGUAAGAAGAAGAGGAAAGCGGUAUCUAUUUCAAAGACGUGAAUGUCUGUCUGAGGGAGCAAACAGCCGCGUUCUCUGAGCUGGAUUAAAAUAAAGUAGGACAAAUAAAAAAUAAAACUUGCUUAAAAGGCUUUUGGGCCAGAUGUCCCUCUUUCUCCUGAUGGGGGGAUUAUGAAGGAAUGACAUUUUGGGCUGCAGCUUGUUUCUUGGCCUCUUCUACACAACAAUUCUGCCACUGGUCUCUUUAAACCCUGAAUGGACAGAUAUCACAGUGCCCAAACUGUUCAUUUGAACUCUAUUGUUACUACAAUACGUUAUUCAUUUUUUUGGUCAUAAUCAUUUACAUAAAGGAUUAGAGAUUUUGAAUAAUUUAGUUGGCUUUAACAAGUGCCUAAGGAUGAAUUUGUAGGCAUGAGUUGACCACUCGUCCAACCAUUGAAACACAACAGGCUCAGGAGACCUGGUAAACACAGACAAUGGCUGGAUUAAAUCAAUCCCUCCUCUCCUCUCGACAGGCGCCAGCUGGCUCUAUUAGCCGUGACACGGCAGUAGCAGAGAGAGAGGAUUAGACCACCUCUAAUGGGUUUACUCCUACUGCACUUAGACAAAAGUAAAAUGACUGACUGACAAUCAGGUCACUUUACUCUAGGACCUGCUCUCAGAUAGAACACUUCCACUUGCCUGCUAGGCUCCCAUCCCAUACACACCUCUUCAUCUACAUUGACAUUUUAGUCAUUUAGCAGACACUCUUAUCCAGAGCGACUUACAAUUAGUGUGUUUAUCUUAAGAUAGCUAGGUAAGACGACUACAUAUCACAAUCAUAGCAAGUACAUUUUCCCUCAGUAAAUAUGUUAUCAGCAAAGGCAGUGCUAGUAGGAAAGUGGUGGAGGGUUCCAGGACAGAGAAGAGCUCUGACUGGGCUGAGCGGGAGCUGCCUUGUGCUGCUGUUCACAGCUCACGACUGUGUCUGCUGGUUAGCGUUUUUUCAUCAUGAAUCUUGUUCUGGAGGAAGCUCUGCAGAGUGGUCACUAGCUGGCACAGCCACAAAGUCAUAUUUUAACCUUAACCACACUGCUUACCCUAAUGCAUAAUUCUAACCUUAAAUUAAGACCAAAAAUCAAAUUUUUUGUUUUCAUGCAUUUUUACAAUAUAGCAUUUGCAGCUGGCCCAUCUAGCGGAUAUCACUCAGUUCUGCCUCAAGGGCAAGACUCAUCCCAAUUAAAGUCAACUUGCACUCUGUCCCUCCCAAACUCUGCCCAACCUUUCAACCCUGUCCCACACACCACCUUUAGAGUGCCCCCUCCAUCCUCACCUUCUCCCUACACUCCUCCCCAAUCCUGUCAACCCUACUCCUCCAUCCUGCCUUGAGACUGUUCAAUGAAUCUGAUCACUGACUGAUGUUUAGUCUAAUGGUGUCCAUAGUGAACUGACUGACAAUGGCCACACGAUGCAAAGCAGCCCAUUAUUGCCAUGACUACUCUCCCAUCUCCCCCCUUUAAAACACUAACAGAUGGCCACUACGACUGCACUAAAGCUGCACUCUUGCUAAAUGCUAAAUAUUGAGAUUAAUGUCACUUAAAAAUACAGUGAAUAUCUGAGGAUAUUCUUAAUCUCUUAAUCUGUAUAUCCCUGAAACAUUAAAAUUAUGAAAAUAAAUGGCACUGUCGAAGGAUUGGAAUGUAGUAGUAACAGUAAAGUAUGAAAAUGUAUGCACUCACUACUGUAAGUCGCUCUGGAUAAGAGUGUCUGCUAAAUGACUAAAAUGUAAAUUUAACAAUUUAUUACAGUAGUAACCAUAGAGCAUAAUGGUUAGUCAUUUAGCCACAUUGUUAAAGCUGAGCUAAAGAAAUAGCAGGAGGUAGAUGAAUAUAAUAAUAUAAUAUGCCAUUUAGCAGACGCUUUUAUCCAAAGCGACUUACAGUCAAUAGGGUCUUUAGUUAUCCCCAGGCCAGGCUAGGCCCUUAGGUGCCCUCUUCUCCACUCCUGUCACCGUAAGGUGAUGUAGGGAUAGUUCAGAUUCAGGAUGUUCUGGUACUUAUUCACCACCAGUGGGAAUCAGUGUGAGUCAUGUUUGGUACAAAGACUGUGUUUUGGACGUUACCUCAGGAAGUCCCCUGGCCAUCUGUCUGUCUGAGAAUAUCAGGAGAUUCCUGUGGUGCCAUUUAUAAUUUCAUAAAAAUAUAACAGUGUGUGAAUUCUAUGAAACGACUUUUAGCAUGGCAUCCUUUAAAGCCUGGGUGAAGGAGGGAUCGUAUUAACUUCCAACAGCUUCAAAGAGUUGCUCUUGGCUGCUCGCACUGCACAGUGUUGGGGGGGAAAUUAUCUGAGGCUACAUUCCGCUCUCUGACACGUGUUUCAAGCCCUCAAAUGGCCCACAUUCUGGGACUUCUGUGGUUGAAUGUGUGGGUGAGAGUGGAGAGGUGUUUGUGUGUGUGUGUGGUUAUGGGAUUAGCUCAUUGGCUCUAUAACCAUGACUUCUCUUCAGUUCCCUCAACAUGGCUGGGUGUGCUCCCGGUCUCGUCUCUGCACCAGCCCUUUACAGACGGAGCUCAAAAAAUAAUACACCACUUUCAAUUAGCCCUCAGCUCUCUGAAGCUUUUCAAACAAGCAGCCAGCUGAGUUGGGACUACUGAACAGACUGUUGGGAAGGGUGUGUGCUUUGACAGGUUAUAGCUCAUCCAUCAAUCGUCUAGAGGGUGGUUCUUUAAUUGUGUUGGGGUCCCUUUUUGUUGGGUUUUGGGGGCGAGUAGGAUGGGAAGUCAAGGGGUUCCGUUAGACCCCUGAAGGGACAGAUGUCCAGGCAGCGCAUGCCUGUAAAUGUUCCCUUAAACUGCCCCCCUACCUAUGUACUUAACUCACCCCAGACUGUAGGGGCGCAACUCCUACUAGUUGGAUGAACUGAUAGGCCUUGUGUAUCUUAGAUUCAGAUGUGGUGGAUGUAUUACAAUCUGAGAGAGAAAAACUCCAGUUGAAUGUGAUGAGGAAUUCUGACAAGCUUUUUAAUGUUCUGAACAAGACUUUACUUUUGAAACAAAUGGGUAACAGAAUUCGACUUUUCUAAAAGUUUAAAUGUCACGUCAAUGACAAAAGCCUCAGCUGGGGAAUUAAAUGUGCUUCAUUAUAAUACAGAAAAAAUGCCUCCAAAUGAUCAAAAGUAGAGAUUACUGCUGCAUUUGAACAGGCAGCGACUUCAGGCAGGCAGAGAGUGUGUGACAGAUUCUCAUAUUGGGGGGCUGGCGAGAGGGAGGGGGGAGGUUGACCAGACAGAUCGACAGAUGACCACUUCAAUCCUGACAGCGGAUCUGAAACACAGCCGGAUCAGCGAUGGCCCAGCCACCAUUUGUCUGCUUCUCAGAGAUUAGAAUAUUCAUAGCAACACGUUUCCCAAGAUAAUUGCAGCCCUUACAACUCAAGAUAGAGGGGAGCCAGUCGCUAUGCUCUAGAUGGCUGUGAUAAACUAAAUGAGAUGGUAAUCAGUCAGUCAGUCACUGUGGUUGUGAAUAUAAAUGCCAUGUUAAGACACAGGUAGCUACUGUGUUGAUGAGGAGGUAUCUGUCAAACACACGUGAGGUGAUAAGUGAUGGGGGUAGUGUGGCUUAGCUGGAGAGACGUCCAGUUGACCGACAGGUGAUGAGUUCACUAAUGCGUUUAGUAUAGAUUAACUGAUGUUUGAGAUUGGACUAAUUCACAGCAUAUUUGCAGUGCUAAUUGAUUUGAUUGGGUGUUGAUGCAUUACCGUGCUAACAGAUGGAUAGUUUGACAGGCAGGCAGACGGUCUGAUUGCUUACUUUGUAAAAUGCCAACCUAAAAUAUUUAUAAAGGUAUAAGAAGAUAUUGUAUUCUGGAGUAGUGUGUGUGUGUGUGUGUGUGUGUGUGUCUGUUGGUGAAGGAAAAAGCCAGAGGAAAGUGUUCAUAGGUUGCCUGCAGACCCUCAGAGAGGCUGGAAUAGUAGUGCUGCACAGGUUUCCUGAGGCCUUGGCCAGGCAUCAGCGUUCAUACAGUAGCUUUCCUCUGUCAGUCACUGCUGGGAUUUAAUGACAAAGGUUGCUGCCAAGUCAAGCCUCUCAUCCUGUCUUCAUUUGCAGAGUAAAGGCUGCUAACCUCAGUGUGACAGUGACAUAAAGAUCACGUCCCCUUUUUUUUUUUUUCGUUCAUUGUGUCACUGUCAGAUUUGUAGUACGGAGCUGUGAGUUAGCAUAGUUUCCAGUGUGAGACAGAAGCAUUGCGCUAAUAUGUGAUGCCAUUUUCCCCUCUGACAGGUUAAAUUAUUAAUGUGUUUGUAUUUUUUACUCUGUGUUGGACUGAGAGAUGUGCAUUAUUCAUCCACUCUGACAGUAGAGACUGCAGACUAGGAUGCGGCACAGGAAACAUCAAAACACUGCACAACAAGGAAGUUGCCAAGGAUUUGAACAGUCAUGUACAAGCACAAAACACAAUGUACUGCUCUCACCCAAUCAGCUUGUUUUCCUCUCGUCUAACCUUCAAACAGAAACUCUACAUAUUAAAUAUGCUCAAAUUAAUUACAAGGACAAUAUUUGACAUUGCACUUGUGAUGACAUGGACAGAAUACCGCAUUGGAGAUUGAUGUGUAGGCCAAUUCUGAUAUAUCUAUCUGUCUAUCUAAUAGUUAGCAUUUGAAAGACAAUAUAUUCACAAUAACAUACAUAUAAUGGUACUAAAUUAAUAGAUAAAAACGAUCUGCUAUAUAGUUUGACUGUCUAUUUUUCCUAAUGUGUUUACCUAGCUGGUAAAAUAAAGGUACAAUAAUAUGAAUAGAUAGUCUAAACCAUGUCUAUGCUCUCCUCUCCCCAGUCCUGAGGGAUGACUUCCGCCAGGCCCCCAGUGAUGUGGUGGUUGCAGCUGGUGAGCCAGCGGUUCUGGAGUGUGUUCCCCCCCGGGGUCACCCUGAGCCCACCGUCUCCUGGAAGAGGAACAAUGCCCGCGUCAGCAACAAGGAUGAUCGCAUCUCUGUGAGUCUCACCUAUACAGUGCUUUGAAAAAGUAUUUGCCCCCUUUCUAAUUUUCUCUACUUUUGCAUGUAUUUUUGAUACUGAAUGUUAUCAGAUCUUCAAACAAACCCUAAUAGUAGGAAAAGGGAACCUGAGUGAACAAAUAACACAUGGGUCCCAUUAUGCCUGGCGAAAACCAAACACUGCAUUUCACAGUAAGAACCUCAUACCAACGGUCAAGCAUGGUGGUGGUGUGAUGGUUUGGGGAUGCUUUGCUGCCUCAGGACCUGGAUGACUUGACUUAUAGAAGGAACAAUGAAUUCUGCUCUGUAUCAGAGAAUUUUACAGGAGAAUGUCAGGCCAUCCGUCUGUGAGCUGAAGCUGAAGCGCAGCUGGGUCAUGCAGCAAGACAAUGAUCUAAAACACACAAUCAAGUCUCCAUGAAAAUGCUAAAAGCAACCAAUUGGAAGUUUUGGAAUGGCCUAGUCAAAGUCCAGACCUAAUCCCAAUUGAGAUAUUGUGGCAGGACUUGAAACGAACAGUUCAUGCUUGAAAACCCACAAAUGUCACCGAGUUAAAGCAGUUCUGCAUGGAAGAGUGGGCCAAAAUUCCUCCACAGCGACGUGAGAGUCUGAUCAACAACUACAAGAAGCGUUUGGUUGGAGUCAUUGUAGCUAAAGGUGGCACAACCAGUUAUUGAAUGUAAGGGGGCAAUUACUUUUUCACACAGGGGCAUUGGGUGUUGCAUGACUUCAUAAAUUAAAUAAAUAAAAUAAGAAUAUAUUUUUUGUUAUUUGUAAACUGUUUCCUUUAUCUAAUAUUAGGUUUUGGUUGAAGAUCUGAUAACAUUCAGUAUCAAAAAUAGAAAAAAACAGAAACGGGGCAAAUACUUUUUCACCGUACUGUAUGACCCAUGAACUAUAACCCCUAGUUACAACAUCAAGCUCAUUCGAGUUAGAAGUAAAACCCUCUAGAGUUUACAUACACUAGAGAUCCAACCCAAAGCUCACUGUGCUCAGUGCAGUUAAAUCCCAAUUCAACCCAAACUGUCUCAAAGUCCAUUAAUAUAAUUAAUGAUGCAUGCUGAUGAUGGUGGAAUCCUUAAUGAUACAUGCUGAUGAUGGUGGAAUCAUAAAUUAUACAUGCAUUUGAAGUGCUUAUGUCAGAUGGUGGAAGUACUGCCUCUCCUCUGAAAAGCCCAAAGGCUAAUACAUGGAGUGAUAUGAUGACCUGUCAUCACUGUCUUGUUUUUCAGAUGCGUGGGGGCAAGCUGAUGAUCUCCCACACCAGGAAGAGUGAUGCUGGCAUGUAUGUGUGUGUGGGCACCAACAUGGUGGGAGAGAGGGACAGUGAUCCUGCUGAGUUGGUGGUGUAUGGUGAGUCUGUCACACCAGUGUGUGUGUAUGCGCGCAUUACACUGUCUUUGUGUGUGUAAGUCUGGGUCUCUCUAUGCAGAGCGUCCUGUGCUGAUGCGGAGGCCGGUGAACCAGGUGGUGAUGGAGGAAGAGACCGUUGAUUUCCUGUGUGAGGUACACGGAGACCCCGCCCCUACGGUACGCUGGCGCCGAGAGGAGGGGGAGCUCCCCCGUGGGAGGUGAGGACACAUUGACGGACAGGUCCACUCACUAAUAGAAAAAUAAACGGAUUGAUUGACAUCUGAAGAGAUGGACAAAACACUCAGUGAUGCAUUGAUUGAUGGAGUGCUGGAGGUACAGACUGACAGAAUGAAGGAAGCCCAUUCACCAGGGAUGCACAGGCAUGAGCACAGAUAGGGCUUGAGAGGUGCGGUCACUGCUCGAGUGUGUGUAGCUAGCUAACUACAGUGAGGGGAAAAAAGUAUUUGAUCCCCUGCUAAUUUUGUAUGUUUGCCCACUGACAAAGACAUGAUCAGUCUAUAAUUUGAAUGGUAGGUUUAUUUGAACAGUGAGAGACAGAAUAGCAACAAAGAAAUCCAGAAAAACGCAUGUCAAAAAUGUUAUAAAUUGAUUUGCAUUUUAAUGAGGGAAAUAAGUAUUUGACCCUCUGCAAAACAUGACUUAACACUUGGUGGCAAAACCCUUGUUGGCAAUCACAGCGGUCAGACGUUUCUUGUAGUUGGCCACCAGGUUUGCACACAUCUCAGGUGGGAUUUUGUCCCACUCCUCUUUGCAGAUCUUCUCCAAGUCAUUAAGGUUUUGAGGCUGACGUUUGGCAACUCGAACCUUCAGCUCCCUCCACAGAUUUUCUAUGGGAUUAAGGUCUGGAGACUGGCUAGGCCACUCCAGGACCUUAAUGUGCUUCUUCUUGAGCCACUCCUUUGUUGCCUUGGCCGUGUGUUUUGGGUCAUUGUCAUGCUGGAAUACCCAUCCACGACCCAUUUUCAGUGCCCUGGCUGAGGGAAGGAUGUUCUCACCCAAGAUUUAACAGUGAAGUUGUCCUGUCCCCUUAGCAGAAAAACACCCCCAAAGCAUAAUGUUUCCACCUCCAUGUUUGACGGUGGGGAUGGUGUUCUUGGGGUCAUAGGCAGCAUUCCUCCUCCUCCAAACACGGCGAGUUGAGUUGAUGCCAAAGAGCUCGAUUUUGGUCUCAUCUGACCACAACACUUUCACCCAGUUCUCCUCUGAAUCAUUCAGAUGCUCAUUGGCAAACUUCAGACGAGCAUGUAUAUGUGCUUUCUUGAGCAGGGGGACCUUGCGGGCGCUGCAGGAUUUCAGUCCUUCACGGCGUAGUGUGUUACCGAUUUUAUUUCUUGUUGACUAUGGUCCCAGCUGCCUUGAGAUCAUUGACAAGAUCCUCCCGUGUAGUUCUGGGCUGAUUCCUCACCGUUCUCAUGAUCAUUGCAACUCCACGAGGUGAGAUCUUGCAUGGAGCCCCAGGCCGAGGGAGAUUGACAGUUAUUUUGUGUUUCUUCCAUUUGCGAAUAAUUGCACCAACUGUUGUCACCUUCUCACCAAGCUGCUUGGCGAUGGUCUUGUAGCCCAUUCCAGCCUUGUGUAGGUCUACAAUCUUGUCCCUGACAUCCUUGGAGAGCUCUUUGGUCUUGGCCAUGGUGGAGAGUUUGGAAUCUGAUUGAUUGAUUGCUUCUGUGGACAGGUGCCAUUUAUACAGGUAACAAGCUGAGAUUAGGAGCACUCCCUUUAAGAGUGUGCUCCUAAUCUCAGCUUGUUACCUGUAUAAAAAGACACCUGGGAGCCAGAAAUCUUUCUGCUUGAGAGGGGGUCAAAUACUUAUUUCCCUCAUUUAAAAUGCAAAUCAAUUUAUAACAUUUUUGACAUGCGUUUUUCUGGAUUUCUUUUGUUGUUAUUCUGUCUCUCACUGUUAAAAUAAACCUACCAUUAAAAUUAUAGACUGAUAAUUUCUUUGUCAGUGGGCAAAUGUACAAAAUCAGCAGGGGAUCAAAUACUUUUUUCCCUCACUGUUGUUUAAAUUUCAACAUUACUACCACAGCAGCAUAACAUUUUAUUAACACUUGAUUUAGCCUACAUUAUCAAUAAUAUUGGGUCUGGUUGGCUGAUACACGCAGCAGAGAGAGGCAAAAAGAUGUAGAGAGGAGCGGCUGCAUCAACGACCCUCCGACCCAACUCCACCCGUUCUUCAGUCGGUAGUUGCACAUGUGUCAGAGCAGCAGCAACACAGGUAGUCUAGACUCUAACUAACCACCAUAUACUAAAAUAUCCACACAAGCCACUAGCCAGCCAGCCAUAUGAGUUAGAAGAUUAGGAAUAUUAUAUUAUGAAGUUAUUCUUAUUUGAUAUGAGCGUUGAAGAUAAAUCAUAAUCAGUAAAAUAAAUCGCUCUAGCUAACUAGCAGAUUUACAUCAAUCAUCAACGUCAAUGAUCAGUUGAUAGCCCACCCUCUUUUUCGAUGUCAAUCAUGUGUUUAGAAGGCACCGUAACUAGCUUGCUUACAAUUUGUGAUGAGAAGUGUGUUGUUGCAGAAAUAAAUAGGGCUAUGCUAUUUUUUUAAAUAUAUUUUGUAUUACUUUUUUUCUCCCCAAUUUCGUGAUAUCCAAUUGGUAGUUACUCUUGUCCCAUUGCUGCAACUCCCCACGGACUCGGGAGAGGCAAUGCUCCAGAGCCAUGCGUCCUCCGAAACACGACCGUGCCAAGCCGCACUGCUUCUUGACACUGCUCGCUUAACCCGAAAGCCAGCCACACCAAUGUGUCGGAGGAAACACCGUCCAGCUGGCGACCGAAGUCAGCUUGCAGGUGCCCGGCCCGCCACAAGGAGUCGCUAGAGCGUGAUGGGACAAAGAAAUCCCGGCCGGCCAAACCCUCCCCUAAUCCUGGGGAUGCAUAUGGGAUUAAAGUAUGUGACAUAUUGAUUGAUGGCGUGCUGGAGGUACAGACAGACUGACAGAAUUAGGGAAGCCCAUUCAGCAGGGAUACAUAUGGGAUUAAAGUAUGUGACCUAGAAAGCCCAGCUACAGUAAUUACUCAUUUAUUUAUGCCUUCCCUUCCCUCAGCCAAUACAAAUUCAUGAAUGGAAGGCCAGUGAGGAUUCAUUAGUUAACAUGUACCUCCUGUGACUCUGCAACUUCACUAUACAGUUGGAAGAUCAUCCGGGUGCACAAAAUAUACAUAUUUAUAUUAUUAUGAUUACACUGUAACUAUGGGGAGGGGGGGGGUAAGAAAAAAAAAAAAAAAGUAUUACUCUAAGAUGGUCUCAUGGUGACGGCGGUGACUCACUCUGCCCAUUCUGAUUGGCUGUUUGACUCUAACACGGUUGACUUGUGCAUCUCUCUCUGCAGAUGUAUUAAGUUAUAGGGUUGACUCUAAUUCUUUAUUCAGAUUACUUCAUACAGUUACAUUUUGAUGGGUCAGAGGGUCAGGUACAUUCAAGGUCACUUUUACAUAGUUCAAAGGCAGUGCUUCUCACACCUUGACCGUAUCCAAAAUCUGUCUUGCCUACUACUUACUAAAACUACAUACUGUGUACUAAUCGUACUAUAUACUAUUUAGAACAUACUGUUUAGUAAAAACAAAUGCAGUAAGCAACAAAUAUCAACAUACUGGGUUCAUCCUACUGAGAAUGUGUCAUCUAAUGCACAAUUCCGUUGAUUCCUGCCAUUCGUUCAUUUGGGUACAGCGCGUCCCCUUAUCUCAUUAUCAGCUGAUUAUCACACGUGAGUCUGGAAUGACGAUUCUCUUCUUCAAAAGUGUGCAUUGAAUUCUACUAGAUGAAAACCCGAAAUGAUUAUAACAUCCUGGCAUUUAAAGCUUACUCGAUUCUUGAAAUGUCACAUACUAUAAAACUUUAUAUUUUCGCAUAACUAAAAUGCCUACUAUUUAGAACGCAAGUAUGGGUAUUCCGACACAACCAUGGUCUUUCCGUCUCUAUGGUUUGCUUUAUGAAAAUACUUUUGACUCUCUGUGUGUCUGUUCCAGGUUUGAGAUCCGCAGUGACAACAGCCUGCGUCUGACCAGGGUGAGAGGGGAGGACGAGGGAACUUACACCUGUAUGUCUGAGAACAGUGUGGGCAAGACAGAGGCUUCAGCCAUGCUACAGGUCCAUGGUAAGAAACAAAUAUUCUCUCUCUCACUCACUCGCUCGCACACACUCACACCCACUGAUAUGCGUUCUCACCCGCAAAGGCACACUCAUGCAUUCAGUACAGUACGGUCACACACUGUUAUGUCCACUUAAUUUGACAGUGGUCAUUUAGAGUUGUCAGAGCUCUGCCCAUCCAUCCGUGUAUGUUGGAAUAUGUGUUGGCAUAUCAAUGCAUUUGUGCUGGGCUCUCUUCAACUCCACUGACAGAAGAUUAUGCUAAACCGUAUGGAUUACUCCCUCUGACAGCUGUUUGGGAGAUGGUGCGCUUUAACACACUGCCAGAGAGCAGGACCACUAUUAAUAAGACGUGUAUGUGUAUGUGUGUGUGUGUUGGCUGAGUGGGCAGUGGGGUUGACUUCAUCCUCCAUUGCUUUUGUCAGUCCUGAUAAAAUCUAAACCCUCUUCAAACAAUGCAUUCCCUUCAUUCUGUUCCAUGUUUCAUUGACUAUGUAGGAGAUGUCAUGUUUUCAUUUUUUACAUUUUACUGUAGUCAGCCAUCUCAUUCCGUUUCAUUUUAUUUCCCCCCACACCAUUCUGACUUUGUUUGUAGAUUUUCUUUCAAAUUAAUUUCACCUAAUGGUUUAAAAGAGCCUGUAACAUGACUUACUGCAUGGUCGUGUCUCUAGUCUAGUGGUCUGUUGAAGCACUCAGGCAGUGCAGUAAGUAAGCCUGUACUCUGACACAGUGACUUAAUGUACACCAGAUUAAGGAUUGGUAUCAAACACACACAUCUGCUGUUUUUACUCUCAUUAAAGAAGUGUGUUGAUAUUUGAGGACACAAAGUUCAGACAUUCACUGACAUACUGUUCUUUGUUUGUUACCAUAGAAAUCCAUGAUUGAUGAAUGCGACAUUUUUCCAAUGGAAAAUACCACUAUUCAUUUGAUGUUUGUUUUUUUACCCCCCCCCCCCAAAAAAAAUAAUAUCUAAAUGUCUGAAGGUAACAGAACUGCUAAUACAUGUUCACUCUGAUCAUGACUCUAUUUGAAUUGAACAUAAACCACAUUAAUGUUUAUUAACAUGGUUUCUCUGCACGGUUCCCUGUCAUAGUUACAUCCCCCCUGCUGGCUGGUUAGUGAUGUUAGUGUAGUGAAGUCAGUCGCUCUCUGUGGCUGUGUGUGCGUGCGCCAUCUCUGAUGUGGGAAGAUCUGCUGUGUUCUCCCUCAGAGGGAAAAUCAAGACACGACACAGAUGACUCAGUUCCCUUGAGGAUUUAGCCUGAUCCCGUGUGUGUGUGUGUGCGGUGUGUGUGUGUGUGUGUAUGAAGACAGGGAAGAAGCCUGCUGAGGAGAGUAAACAGCAGGAGAGCUCAGAGUCUAUGGAAGGGGAGUCAAUGCUGUCGUUGUGCAGUCAAAGUCUAUAGGAAGAUAGGAUGUGGUGGGAUCAGAAGCAAGCUGUGGCCACAACACACAACCUGACUGCCAGUUCAUUUCCACUGAUAUCACUCCAAAGUAAACCCACAAAUACCGUCACAAUAGUUUAAGAUUGGAAUUAGAUGAUGGCCUGUGUCAGUAUAAAAGAUAGGCAUCAAUGUCUUCACUCGAUAAUGUGAAAAUGAGAGGGCAGAUUAAUCAGAAAGGGAAACCAUAUAUCAACUGGCUGAGGGUGACAGCAGUCAAAUCAUGGAGUAAAAAGGGUAGUUCUAUAUGCUAAAUGUUUAAUCAAUACUGUUCUGGCAUUACUUAGUAAGUAUCGAUUAUGCAGAAAAAUUGUCAAUUUAAAUGCUAAAACUUAACACCUAAAAUCUGAAUCUCCUAACCGAGUGUCUCUGCUGUCCUCUCCAGUGCCUCCACAGAUCACCAUUAAACCCCAGGACCAGAUCUCUGCUCAGGGGCGCAGCGUCACCUUCCGCUGUGGCACCCGAGGAAACCCCUCACCCGCCAUCUUCUGGAAGAAAGAAGGAAGCCAGGUAAGAAUGUCACUUCCUGACAAACAGGAAGAGAGCGGUCAAUAAAGACUACUUCAAAAAAAAAGAAAGAAAAAAGACUAAUACCUUGUAAAGAGGUUAAAAUAAUUUAAACAAAAUUCCAACUAUGUAGACACUACAACAUGUGUUGUCAGAUAAAUGGCUAUUUAAACUGAUCAACAAAGUAAUGAUGUUAUGUCACAUUUAAGUAGGAUUUUGAUGUGUUUUAGCCUUAUUUGUACUCAACAGGCCGUUAUUUUGAUCAGCAGCAGACAUAGUUUUCUCACCAUGUUUGUUUGGUGGUGACUCAUUUGAUUUCUCUCAGCUUGAAACAAGCCGGGGAAUCGUUAGAUUAAACAACGCUUUUCCCACAUUUUUCUCGAUUGCCGUGCUCUUGAAGAGACAUUGGCCAAGGUGAAAUGAGGGAGGGAGCUCGUUUGCAUUUGGCUGUGAGAUGCGACGACCAAUAGGUGUUGGAAGGAAUCACGGGAAAUGCGUUGGCGAGGAAGUCGCUGUUACCUGCAGACAGAUGAAGAGAGGGGGAGGAAGGGUAGAUGAGCUACAUCAGGUGGGAGAGGAGCUGCCUCCCCGGGAAAUAGGUACAGAAACACAAUGUUUAACGCCUUCUAUCAUUAUAACUUACUAUAAAUACCUUCUGAUAACAGCGGGGGAACAAUCAAGAUCACUUAGUCUAGAUGGUUCUAGUAGAGGAGUUAACCCUCAGGUCCGCCAGGCAGGGGGAAGUUGGCCUGAGGCUUUCCGAAUAAGUUUAAAUUUGUUCCAGUCUGUGAUAGUUGUGGUGCCUGGUCCCCUGUUUGGGAAGCGGUUUGCUGUACUUUUGGGAUUAUCUUGUGGCCUUAUAACCCUGGUCCUCCUCUCACUCAGUCUAAGCCUCUUAGAGGAAUGAAAUGGAUGGAUGGAUGGGGAGAUAGAUGGAAGGAUGUCCCUUUCCCCUAUUCAUGCCCAUCUCCCCCUCUCAUCACUCUGGCCAUGUGUUAAGCAUCUGUCAGCUCACAUCAAGCCAACAGACCAAAACAAAAGUCCCAAGAUCUCCUGCUAUUCUGUAUUGUGUUGGAAAAGUGAUGGCCAUAUAAUGCAUGCAUACACAAUCUCUCAUCACUAGCUAAGAUGCAAGUUUUUCUUUCUCUCUGUGUGUGCGUGCGUGUGUUUGUUUGUGUGUAGAUGCUGCUGUUUCCUGGCCAGCCCCUAUCCCAGUCCGGCCGCUACUCUGUGUCCAUGAGUGGUGAACUGUCCAUCACAGACGUGCACCUAGAGGAUUCUGGGUAUUAUAUCUGCCAGGCCAUCAGUGUAGCAGGAAGUGUCCUGACCAAAGCCCUGCUGGAGGUGGAAGGGGGUGAGUUUGAGGGAUGGAGGGGGUAACUUUGGGAUGAGGAAGGAAUAUGGUACUCUGGAGAAGAGAGCCCAGCAAAAAUACAUUGACAUUACAACACACACAUAUGGAUGGGCAGAUAGGCUCUGACAGCUCUACCAUAACCACUGUCAAAUAAAGUGGACAUUAGUGUGUGUGACAGGACCCACUGACAUAAUAUCCUGUCUGUUCUUCCCUCUCACCCAUAGGUCCUUCAGACCGUGUUCCUCCAAUCAUCCGCCAAGGCCCAGCCAAUCAGACGUUGGCUCUGGGGUCCAUUGCCCAGUUGCAGUGUCAUGCGAUUGGUGGACCCUCACUAAGGAUUGUGUGGGAAAAGGACGGGGAGCGGAUUGUGGGGGACAACCCUCGCAUGACCCUGAUGGAGAACGGGACGCUGCAGAUCACUAACGUUGAGGUACGUGUAUGAUGUCAUGGAAUAAAAAUAUGGCUGUGAUCUGAUUUUGUCUUUUGAUCCUCAUGAAUAAAUUAGUAUCGCGCAGCUGUACAGAAAUGCCUGCCAUCCAUCAUCGUUACAUUUUUACUUUCUCCAAAGCCAGAGGGUAACCAACAAACGUUUUUAUGUUCUCCUCCAUUAUAAAAAUGAAGGUGAAACUGAAUUUCAAACUGACCUCUCCGGCGCGAUUACGUGCCUAUGCAGUGUGUAAUUGUAAUGUUAAUGAAGGCGCUUGUUUGCAAAUGUAAAUGUGUUCUGCUUUGAUGAAAGAGCAGUCAGUGGCCCUUUUUUGUGCUGUGGCCUCACCUGGAGGUGAGCGUGCGGAGUGGGGAGAGCAGCAUAGUUUGUGCUGAUUGACUGUGGUCACGCAUGAUUAACGAUUUCAUAGCCUUUAAUUACAUCUCUGGCACAACUCGCUCUCUCUUGCGCUCUCGCUCUGUCUCUCUGUCUCUCUGUGUCUCUGUCUCAGCAGUGGUGCUCAGCAAACUUGGAGCAUUAACACAAGGUCCAAUGCAUCAUUGAGGCAGGGGAAAUCUGCCAUGUCACUGCGCUCAAUGGAACAGAAGAGAUGCAUUAGCUUGGCAUGGAGAGAGAGGGAGGGAGGGAGAGGAAUGGAGAGGAUGAGAUGUAGAGGGAGAAAGAGGGGCUACAAAUAUUUAGCCUUGGGAUCCUAGUCUUCAAUAUUUCAGCAGUGGUUCAACUCACACAGUUCAUCUGUCCACAUACUACCAGUCCACCAACCAGAGGUCAAUGCUGUGGUGAAUGAUCUAACAUGAAUUGAUGUUGGUUACAGUAGACUGGCACUCCGCCAGCCCAGUGUUAGUAACACCAUUAGACCAGUGAAGCGUGUGGACAUGUAUACAGUACUGUGGAAAAGGAGAGCAGGUAGACUAGGGGUGUCCAACUCUCCCUGGAAUGAGUUUGACACCUGUGAGGUAGACCAUGCAUAUGGGGAGAUGAAUCCCAUUUAGACUCCUACUGCUACUGUGGCUGAGUGAUGUCUGCUUUGUGGCAAAGUGGCAUUUCGUAAAAGCUUUUAACUUUAAACUCUAAAAGUGAGUCUCAGGACGGCGGCAAAGCAAUGAACAAAGCAAUUAAUAAGUAAAAAGAGGAGAUCCGCUGCUCCACUCGGAUGAGCAAACACAGAAAGGAUCUAAAGCACUGUGGUUCCAAUGUUUUGGGUCCCCUCUCCUCGUGAAAGGGAGCUCAAAUGCGCCUCUCUGUUGCUAGGAUACGGAUUCGGGAAUGUACACGUGUGUGGUGUUGAGCGCCACGGGCGAGUCGAGCUGGAGCGGGACACUCACCAUGAGAGGUAAACAUAUACACACUCCUCUCAGCGCCUCACAAAACCAAACAAACACCAUUGGUUUCAAAAGAUACAUUACACCUUAUGGAAACCUACUUUCCUGCUUUAGCUACAGGAUUCAUCACUACUGUGUGUGGAAAUCAAUAGACUUGAAAAAUAAACAGUCAAACUCAUACUAUAUCCCAGUACACCAAGUUACCAUUAUCACAUACCACCACUGUGUCUCAUGUUAUCUCAUGCCGUAUCCCUGUUUGCGUCCCAGAGGACGGAGCCCCUGGGUCAUCAGUUCCCAGGGUGUCAGAGUCCAUCCAGCUGCCAGGGCCGCCCCAGAAGCCUGUGGUGACAGAUGUGACCAGGAACACAGUCACCCUCACCUGGCAGUCCAACCCCCACGAGGGUGGAGCCGCUGUCACCGCAUACAUCAUCGAGGCCUUCAGGUAAUGUAUACAAGGACUGGGUACCAGAGCCAUAUAUUUAGAAACUGCAUUUUCCAACCUAUCUUAAUAAAUGGCUUUGCAGGGUACCAUAUAACUAGAGGAUUUAUAUUUCAAUGCUAGGUACUGGGGUCUUUCUAGGUCUGUUGCUAUAUCAGUUGUGUCCUUGAUUUGUAUUCACAUACAGAGAUUUUCAAUUUGGUUUAACUAAGCCAUUCAUACAUGUGCUACAGUGGCAGGAAAUAACGGCGUGAAGGGAAACCGAGCCAUGGCAGAUUCAAUAAAACCAUGAAGCAUUCUGGAGCAGAGAGUCAUAGAAUCAGUUGUAUGAAGAAAAAAAGCUGCAUUUUCCCUGUGGUCCUGGACGGUACUGACCUGGGGCUAUGGAAGGAGAGACUAGCCAGAGAGCUCUCAUCACAGAGGCAGAGAGGGCAGAGGCUCUGGGCAGGCAGAGCCAAACACACAGACAGGCCAACAGGCUGCCUGCUGAUUGGCACUGAGACUGACAGCACAGUUUGAGACGAGACAUUCCCAUGGGUAGCUGUUAGCUACUUUCCUCAAACUUCAUCUAACAGAGCAAAGUCUUUAAAUAGAGCUAGCUGGAUGGGGAUGUCUCCUAUUGCUCCUCCGCUCACCCUCCUAGGGCUGGGGAACAGGGCUGAAUGGAAGAGAAGGGGAUGCUUGAAGGGGGUUGGAUGCUUGAAGGGGGUUGGAGGACAGCAGCGUGCAGAUUGUCACUCAGGUCUUAUCUGACACCUAGUUAAGGAGCAGGUCAGAGUUCUAGCGCUGCUUCCUUAAGGUGUCCGCAUGCUUUCCAGACGAAACAGUUCGGAAGAAUUUGUGCAUACAGUGGUGGUCAAAAGUUUUGAGAAUGACACAAGUAUUGGUCUUCACAAAGUUCGCUGCUUCAGUGUUAUGAGAUAUUUUAGUCAGAUGUUACUAUGGUAUACUGAAGUAUAAUUACAAGCAUUCCAUAACUGUCAAAGGCUUUUAUUGACAAUUACAUUAAGUUUAUGCAAAGAGUCAAUAUUUUAUGCAAAGAGACAACUUUUUCAAGACCUCUGCAAUCCGCCCUGGCAUGCUGUCAAUUAACUUCUGGGCCACAUCCUGACUGAUGGCAGCCCAUACUUGAAUAAUCAAUUCUUGGAGUUUGUCAGAAUUUGUGGGUUUUUGUUUGUCCACCCGCCUCUUGAGGAUCGACCAUCAAUUCUCAAUGGGAUUAAGGUCUGGGGAGUUUCCUGGCCAUGGACCCAUCAUUUCGAUGUUUUGUUCCCCGAGCCACUUAGUUAUCACUUUUGCCUUAUUUCUUAUUUUAUUUUACCUUUAUUUAACUAGGCAAGUCAGUUAACAACAAAUUCUUAUUUACAAUGACGGCCUACACCGGCCAAACCCGGACGAUGCUGGGCCAAUUGUGCACCACCCUAUGGGACUGCCAAUCACGGCCGGUUGUGAUACAGCCUGGAAUCGAACCAGGGGGUCUGUAGUGACACCUCAAGCACUGAGAUGCAGUGCCUUAGACCGCUGCACCACUCGAGAGCAAGGUGCUUCAUCAUGCUGGAAAAGGCAUUGGUCAUCACCAAACUGUUCUUGGAUGGUUGGGAGAAGUUGCUCUCGGAGGAUGUGUUGGUACCAUUCUUUAUUCAUGGCUGUGUUCUUAGGCAAAAUUGUGAGUGAGCCCACUCCCUUGGCUGAGAAGCAACCCCACACAUGAAUGGUCUCAGGAUGCUUUACUGUUGGCAUGACACAGGACUGAUGGUAGCGCUCACCUUGUCUUCUCCGGACAAGGUGUUUUCCGGAUGCCCCAAACAAUCGGAAAGGGCAUUCAUCAGAGAAAAGGACUUUACCCCAGUCCUCAGCAGUCCAAUCCCUGUACCUUUUGCAGAAUAUCAGUCUGUCCCUGAUGUUUUUCCUGGAGAGAAGUGGCUUCUUUGCUGCCCUUCUUGACACCAGGCCAUCCUCCAAAAGUAUUUGCCUCACUGUGCGUGCAGAUGCACUCACACCUGCCUGCUGCCAUUCCUGAGCAAGCUCUGCACUGGUGGUGCCCCGAUCCCGCAGCUGAAUCAACUUUAGGAGACGGUCCUUGCACUUGCUGGACUUUCUUGGGCGCCCUGACGCCUUCUUCACAACAAUUGAACCUUUCUCCUUGAAGUUCUUGAUGAUCCGAUAAAUGGUUAAUUUAGGUGCAAUUUUACUAGCAGCAAUAUCCUUGCCUGUGAAGCCCUUUUUGUGCAAAGCAAUGAUGACGGCACGUGUUUCCUUGCAGGUAACCAGGUUAACAGAGGAAGAACAAUGAUUUCAAGCACCACCCUCCUUUUUAAGCUUCCAGUCUGUUAUUCUAACUCAAUCAGAAUGACAGAGUGAUCUCCAGCCUUGUCCUCGUCAACACUCGCACCUGUGUUAACGAGAGAAUCACUGACAUGAUGGCAGCUGGUCCUUUUGUGGCAGGGCUGAAAUGCAGUGGAAAUUUUUUGGGGGGGAUUAAGUUAAUUUUCAUGGCAAAGAGGGACUUUGCAAUUAAUUGCAAUUCAUCUGAUCACUCUUCAUGACAUUCUGGAGUAUAUGCAAAUUGCCAUCAUCAAAACUGAGGCAGCAGACUUUGUGAAAAUUAGUAUUUGUGUCAUUCUCAAAACUUUUGACCACGACUGUAUAUUAUGACAACAUUUUGUAAAGUUUUUGUUUGUUUUGGACUUUUUUUUGGCUGUUCGGGCACACACAUUUUUUUUCUUGAGGCAAGCCGAAGUUCGGAGCCGACAUUUACGCCCCUUCAUCAGUGAUUGGUCAACAGUAGGGAUUCUUCAAUGAAGUGUUUGUUGUCAUUCAACCAGAGACGACUCGUUUUCAUGCACAUUUUGUCAUUGAGAAAUACUGCACCAAACAUCUUAGUUAGAGGUAAAAUUGCGCAACUAAGAUAUCCUCUGCAGAAUCGUCAAAAUUAAUGACAGAUUUCUGGAGUUAUCUUAGAUUCAUUCUGACUAUUUUGAGGAAGUGUAUACUGGCUACGGCGUCUCAAAAUGGACAAACAGUACUAUUGCCGCUUUUUUCUUGUUUUUCAAGUGAAGGUAUUUUAAGGGAGUAUGCGAGCACACUCGUUUGGUUUGGCUAGCCGAGUACGGCUAGGCGCCAGCCGAACUGAAGCAUGCUGACGCAUUUAGACUGGUCUCUUUUAUCACUCACUGGGUAAUUGACUGGACAAACCAUACCAUAGGCUAGGUAAUAUGUACUAUAGGUCCUCACUGGACUGAGAUAAUGGCAUUCAUUUACCCAGCAUUCAUCUAUGCUAGAGGACCCAAAUUGUCAAACCACACUCAUUGUUGUGUUAUUUCUCAUAUCAGGAGAAGGACAAGGCCAGACAAUCCUCCCACAAUUCAACCUGUAAUUGAUUAACGUUCUUUUCCAGCCAAUCCGUUGGCAGUGUGUGGCAGACGGUAGCUGACCACGUGAAACAGGAGAAGCACACGGUCAUCGGCCUGUACCCAAACACUGUCUACCUGUUCAUCGUCCGAGCGGUCAACUCCUACGGUCUGAGUGACCCCAGCCCAAUCUCUGAACCCAUCAGGACACAGGGUCAGUAUGGACACAGAACAGCAUAUAAUAUGUGUAUACUCACUUAAUCACUUGAACUGUUUCGUAGUAAAGUGUUCUGUGAUGUUAGGCUGUUCUGAGUGCAGUGUGGUAUGACGUCAGGCUGUUCUCAGCGCAGGGUGGUAUGUCAGGCUGUUCUGAGUGCAGUUCUCUCUGUGUUGUCGUAGAUGGGAGUCCUACAGAGCAGGGGAUGGACCGCAGACAGGUGCAGAGAGAACUAGGGGAGGUGUCUCUCUACCUGCAGAAGCCUGUGGUCAUAUCACCCACCAGUGCCCAGGUCUCCUGGACUGUGAGUAAAACAGAGUGUUAUAACCUGUAGAAACAAUACGCUACUUUAUACUGUGCUUCAUACUUUAUAAUAUCUCAGGAAAUAGAUCAUAAACCACCUCUGUCCCGCCCCCUGUGUUCUGUCAUUGGUCAGGUGGCGCGUCAGUCUCAGUACGUGCAGGGAUACAGGCUGCUGUACCGCUCCACUGGCAGCGCCUGGAUGGUCCAGGAUGUGAAAGGGGGGCCUGAGCUCAGCACUGUCCUAUCAGACCUGCGCACGGACACAGAGUACGAGGUGAAGGUCCGCCCCUACUUCAACGAGCUGCAGGGACUGGACAGCCCCCUGGUGCAGCUACGCACCCCUGAGGAGGGUAAGGCACGCAGCGGGAUGCAGGAGGGUCCCUCUCUGUGAAGUCCGUAGGCAUAGUUCACUACAUCUUUAUUGUCGCUGCAAGGGCCGUAACAAUCAAUUUUCCUCCGACUUUCCUUAGAAUUUAGUAAAGAUUUUUUUGCUUCUAAAAUUACUAAUCAAUGCUGUGAUAUGCUACUGUAGGACUCCACAGGACAUGCGUAUAGGAAAAUCUAUUUUAUUGACCAAAGUCUCUUUUUAAUCGUCUGGGUCUCGCUAACUAACAGUUGUCCAUGUUCACAUCCUUCCAGUGUUGAGUGCUCCCCCGCAGGCUGUGUCAGUGGUCCAGCUCAGCAACAGCUCCAGCAUCAGUGUCUCCUGGGAGCCUCCCCCCGCUGACGUUCAGAGUGGUACAGUCUUGGAGUACAAGGUGAGAUUACAGAGUGGAGACUGUUGAAGCUGUACCUGGCUAGAGGAAAGUGCUACUCUAGACUACUCUGUCUGAUGUUAAUUUAGUGAAAAGUGGGCAGUUAAUUAGUCACUACAGCUGGUCGUGCGAAAGAGAAAAUAAAUUAUUUGUUUGAAUCAUCAAUGUGCUGAUUUUAAGCAGUCGGUUUUAUCCUUGUUGCCAAAACAUGCUGUGCAGAGCAGAAAUGCUGUGCUAGUGGUUUUAAUUAAACAUUGCACAUUGCUCCCUGCUUAGUAUCAGUUAACAGCAACACUUCUGUAGAAUGCAAAAACACAAUUUAACCAUUUAGUCCUCAGAUUUAAAUCACUUUUCCUCAUCUUGUCGAUUGGAUCUCCUCUUGGUUUAGCUUUGCAGUUGACAAAAAAACCACUUAUUUUCUCAGACUUUUCUGGAAAGGCAUUUUAAAGCCUAUCGUAUCCCCAUGUCUUGCUGGCUGACAACAACAAAAUAUCUCCACUUCUGGUUCAGUUGUCCCAUCCUCUUGGCAACAUGAUCGACUUGAUGCUUCUAGUGUUAUUAAAUGUUGUAGGUCGUUUCUGUUCCUCCAGAGUUUCUGUCCCUUUCUGUCCCUCCAGAGUUUCUGUCCCUUUCUGUCCCUCCAGAGUUUCUGUCCCUCCAGAGUUUCUGUCCCUCCAGAGUUUCUGUCCCUCCACCACACAGUAUCAAGCUUGUUUCUCUGUCUGCCAGGUCUGGUGCCUGGGGAGUGACUCUGAGAUGAAGACAGAGAGCCAUAUCAACAGGACAGUGGAUAGAGCAGUGUUGUCCAUCCUACUGACUGGGCUGCUACCAGACCUCCAGUACAGUGUGAUGGUGGCUGCAGUCACCAUCUUGGGAGUGGGUCAACACAGCCCACCUAUAGACCUGGUCCUCAGUGAGUCAGCUUUACCACUAGAAGAGACCCUUCCUUAGAUGCAACAUUAAUAGCCUGUCAACCUGGUCCUCAGUCAGUAUGGUAGAUUACUAAAGACUAAAGACGAGGCUUGAGGAAUACUGCAUUUCAACAAUUCUUGCUAGAAAGCCAAUGGGGUUAGUUAGUUGUCUGUUUAUUCAGGAAGCCAUAUUGGAAAUGAAUUUGCCAGACUGAUAAACUGGACUCUCUAUCAUUCAGCCCUGUCACUGGACAUGCCUUCAGACCCUCUGCAGAAAGACAGCAGCCUCAGUCUAUCAGAGCAGAUCACUGGAGUGGUCAGCCAACCAGCAUUCAUCGCUGGGUUGGGCGUGGCCUCGUGGCUGGUGCUCAUGGGCUUCAGUGGUUGGCUGUACUGUCGCCACCGCAGGAGGAAGGAGCUGGGACACUACACCACCUCAUUUGCCUACACACCUGCAGGUAUACUGUAACAUCCUUAACCUCAACCCCAACCUAUUCACAUAGCAUACACACAAAUCCAUUAAUAUUACAAUACUAAUCUGUUCCAAUCCUGCCACCAUCACGUUUGCCAAAUCUGGGUAUCUGAGUGUCUUCAAAUGUGACUUGUUGUAAUCUGUGGGUUAAAAAUCCUAGUGUUGAUGUGAUCUAUGCCUUUUAGUGUAUCUAGCUCAGCAGCAUAGCCUUAAUGAAAUGACAAAAAUAAACUGGCAGGCCUGAAUCCCAAGUGGGACACACUGUUUUGGGCCCUUGAGACACAGGAGGUUAGAGGCACCUUAAUUGGGGAGAAUGGGCUCGUGGUAAUAGCUGGAGCGGAAUCAGUGGAAUGGUUGCCAUGUGUUUGAUGCCAUUCCAAGAGUUCGUUCCAGCCAUUAUUAUGAGCCGUCCUCCCAUCAGCAGCCUCCACUGCCUUGAGUAAGAAAGAUUUUUAAUUGCAGCCAUUGCUUUUGUUGUUUUUCGUGCAGUUGGAUUCGCUCACAGUGAAGGAUCUGGUCUCAGCAACGGAAGGUAGAGAUCUUGAUUUUUAUUCAGAGAAAUCAAUGUAAACAUGAGUGGACUCUUUUUAUUACAAACUUACAGUAAUAUCUGACCUUUAGUUCUCUCCAUCUGCCUACAGUAGACCAGGGAUGCUGGGCUCCAACAUGGGGAACUACCCCUGGCUAGCAGACUCCUGGCCAGCCCCUGGCCUUGCCCACAAUGGAAAAGACUCAGUCAACUGUUGCUCUGGCAAACUGGACUCUACAGACAGAUACUACAAUGGUGAGAGCCCACAGUCAUGUCUUGCAACUUGGGAUGGGAUAAAAUGCAGUCGUUUGAACAGAAGCAAAAUUAAUAGUAAUAAGCCGCCAAUGCUGCUCAAAUGAUGGAACCUAUUUGAACUUUUGUGAUUGACCAGGAAAUUGCAGAGGGAAGAUCAAGUGGUUCAUUCAAGGAAAUGGGUUCCACUUUACAUUUUUUAUAGACUUUCUAUUUCUGUCCCGCAGUUGGCAUCUCCAAUUACCUGAGCCAGUCUGAGAAGUACAGCUCAGUGUCCACCGACAGUCCCAUCUACAGCACCAUCUGUACAGCUGCUGCUGAGGACCUGCAGGGUCUAGCCUACUACAGCACAUACUCCAACACCCCCUGCAGCCAGGGCUCCAACACCCCCUGCAGCCAGGGCUCCAACACCCCCUGCAGCCAGGGCUCCAACACCCCCUACACCCAGGGCUCCAACACCCCCUACACCCAGGGCUCCAACACCCCCUACACCCAGGGCUCCAACACCCCCUACACACAGGGCUCCAACACCCCCUACACACAGGGCCCUGACCCCAACGCCAUUACCCCCGUCCUCUCCAACUCGGGCCUCUUCGGUCUGGAGCAGGACCUGGACCAGUGGACCAUCCAGUCUGGACAGUCUGUAGAGUACGCCAAGCUGCAGUACGCCAGGACAAGCAAUGGUACAGGCAGCUAUUACACUUCUCAUGUACUGUAGUUAAGGGCUCAUGGAAUGUUAGGUGGUGAGGAUAUAGCUAACUCUGUUACAUAGUUGAUGUGGGUGUUUGUAUGCUGUACAAAAACAUGUACAUAAAUAUGUUUCACAUAGCUCAUUUCUAAUGUUCUCCUCAGCUUGAUUUAAAUAAGUGUGUGGGUUGUCUGCUGUCUCUCUGUACUGUAGCCAAGCUGGUGAAGCAGAGGUCCAUGUGUCCUUCAUCCAAGCCUGCACCACUCAAAUGGGAGGACGUGCUGUCUCUACCACUGCCUGCUAAUAAAGAACGGGGUUACACCAAGAGAGACAGGGAUGAGGGGAGGAACAGGUAACACCCAGCGCUAUAUCCCCUGUAGACACCCUCCCAUGGGAUAGCUUGUUAAGUACAGAUGAGGGAACUAACAGUGUAUGGAGUGAAAUGGCAGUACAGGGAAGGAAAACUAAGAGUGCUGAAGUUGCUAUAUAUUGCACCUUUUCUCCAUAACUCAUUGUGAUUUUCCUGAUGUGUCCUUUUUAUCUAUUCUCUGAAGCCCUCAUAUGAGGGCUAUGUUUAGAUUGAAUGUAUGGCUUGCACUCUAUUUUACCUGAUAGUUUACCUGAACUACAUAGCAAGAGUUCAUGAGGUUAGGGCCUGAACCUGUCCUCCGAUUCAAACCAGAUUGUAAACUCUAGUGAUGUUUACUACGGUUAAAGUUGGAGUUAAACAUCAUUGUCUGGAGGCUCAGGAGAGACUCUUAGUGUGGCUGCAUCAGGGGAGUGUACAGUUUCCUCUAACUGAUUGUGACAGAUGAGAUUGUGGCCAUAACUGGGGGGACCUAGCUGCUCUGACUGUACAUUGUCUUUUGUAAUGACAUUAGCCACUGUCUGACAGUGUGGAUUAGCACUUUCCUGUUUCAAUAACAUGUCCUAUAUUAAAUCUGCUCUGAUGUCUUCUGACGUUGUCACGGCAACAUAAAUCAUUUGAAGUCACUCUUGUGUUUUGUAAUCCAUUGCUGCUGGUUCCUCUUUUAAAAUGUAACUCUGUCAACUACUGUUACUGUCUCUGGAUAUGGUUGUUAAUGUGCCUCAAAGAGUUUUCUUGAUGAUGAAGUGCAAGUAUUGUGUAAGAUAGACCCCAUAGAUGUACAGUGAGGGAAAAAAGUAUUUGAUCCCCUGCUGAUUUUGUACGUUUGCCCACUGACAAGACCGUGGUCCUCUGUAGCUCAGCUGGUAGAGCACGGCGCUUGUAACGCCAAGGUAGUGGGUUCGAGCCCCGGGACCACCCAUACACAAAAAAAUUAUGCACGCAUGACUGUAAGUCGCUUUGGAUAAAAGCGUCUGCUAAAUGGUAUAUUAUUAUAUUAUUAUAUUAUGAUCAGUCUAUAAUUUUAAUGGUAGGUUUAUUUGAACAGUGAGAGACAGAAUAACAACAAAGAAAUUCAGAAAAAUGCAUGUCAAAAAUGUUAUAAAUUGAUUUGCAUUUUAAUGAGGGAAAUAAGUAUUUGACCCCCUCUCAAUCAGAAAGAUUUCUGGCUCCCAGGUGUCUUUUAUACAGGUAACGAGCUGAGAUUAGGAGCACACUCUUAAAGGGAGUGCUCCUAAUCUCAGCUUGUUACCUGUAUAAAAUACACCUGUCCACAGAAGCAAUCAAUCAAUCAAUCAGAUUCCAAACUCUCCACCAUGGCCAAGACCAAAGAGCUCUCCAAGGAUGUCAGGGACAAGAUUGUAGACCUACACAAGGCUGGAAUGGGCUACAAGACCAUCGCCAAGCAGCUUGGUGAGAAGGUGACAACAGUUGGUGCGAUUAUUCGCAAAUGACAGUUAUUUUGUGUUUCUCCCAAUCUCCCUCGGCCUGGGGCUCCAUGCAAGAUGUCACCUCGUGGAGUUGCAAUGAUCAUGAGAACGGUGAGGAAUCAGCCUAGAACUACACGAGAGGAUCUUGUCAAUGAUCUCAAGGCAGCUGGGACCAUAGUCACCAAGAAAACAAUUGGUAACACACUACGCCGUGAAGGACUGAAAUCCUGCAGCGCCCGCAAGGUCCCCCUGCUCAAGAAAGCACAUAUACAGGCCCGUCUGAAGUUUGCCAAUGAACAUCUGAAUGAUUCAGAGGAGAACUGGGUGAAAGUGUUGUGGUCAGAUGAGACCAAAAUGGAGCUCUUUGGCAUCAACUCAACUCGCCGUGUUUGGAGGAGGAGGAAUGCUGCCUAUGACCCCAAGAACACCAUCCCCACCAUCAAACAUGGAGGUGGAAACAUUAUGCUUUGGGGGUGUUUUUCUGUUAAGGGGACAGGACAACUUCACCGCAUCAAAGGGACGAUGGACGGGACCAUGUACCGUCAAAUCUUGGGUGAGAACCUCCUUCCCUCAGCCAGGGCAUUGAAAAUGGGUCGUGGAUGGGUAUUCCAGCAUGACAAUGACCCAAAACACACGGCCAAGGCAACAAAGGAGUGGCUCAAGAAGAGGCACAUUAAGGUCCUGGAGUGGCCUAGCCAGUCUCCAGACCUUAAUCCCAUAGAAAAUCUGUGGAGGGAGCUGAAGGUUCGAGUUGCCAAACGUCAGCCUCGAAACCUUAAUGACUUGGAGAAGAUCUGCAAAGAGGAGUGGGACAAAAUCCUUCCUGAGAUGUGUGCAAACCUGGUGGCCAACUACAAGAAACGUCUGACCUCUGUGAUUGCCAACAAGGGUUUUGCCACCAAGUACUAAGUCAUGUUUUGCAGAGGGGUCAAAUACUUAUUUCCCUCAUUAAAAUGCAAAUCAAUUUAUAACAUUUUUUACAUGCAUUUUUCUGGAUUUUUGUUGUUGUUAUUCUGUCAGUUCAGUCCUUCACGGUGUAGUGUGUUACCAAUUGUUUUCUUGGUGACUAUGGUCCCAGCUGCCUUGAGAUCAUUGACAAGAUCCUCCCGUGUAGUUCUGGGCUGAUUCCUCACCGUUCUCAUGAUCAUUGCAACUCUACGAGGUGAGAUCUUGCAUGGAGCCCCAGGCCGAGGGAGAUUGACAGUUCUUUUGUGUUUCUUCCAUUUGCGAAUAAUCGCACCAACUGUUGUCACCUUCUCACCAAGCUGCUUGGCGAUGGUCUUGUAGCCCAUUCCAGCCUUGUGUAGGUCUACAAUCUUGUCCCUGACAUCCUUGGAGAGCUCUUUGGUCUUGGCCAUGGUGGAGAGUUUGGAAUCUGAUUGAUUGAUUGCUUCUGUGGACAGGUGUCUUUUAUACAGGUAACAAGCUGAGAUUAGGAGCACUCCCUUUAAGAGUGUGCUCCUAAUCUCAGCUUGUUACCUGUAUAAAAUACACCUGGGAGCCAGAAAUCUUUCUGCUUGAGAGGGGGUCAAAUACUUAUUUCCCUCAUUUAAAAUGCAAAUCAAUUUAUAACAUUUUUGACAUGCGUUUUUCUGGAUUUUUGUUUUGUUAUUCUGUCUCUCACUGUUCAAAUAAACCUACCAUUAAAAUUAUAGACUGAUCAUGUCUUUGUCAGUGGGCAAACGUACAAAAUCAGCAGGGAAUCAAAUACUUUUUUCCCUCACUGUAUACUGGGGUCUUACUGACAGUGUUUUUCACUCAGUGUCAGAUCCCUGGUUUAACAACUAAGAGGGUAUUUUCUCACUUUUCCCUCCUGUACUAAUCAUGUUUUCUCUUCCUCCUGCUCCCAGUAGCUCAGAUGAGGAUGAGGAGGACUGGUGUCCCCCGCUGCCAGCCAGGACCUACCUGAUGGACGGCUCCAGGGAGGAGUUACCCAGCCUUCCCUCCUCCAGAAGAGAGGAGCUGACCCAAGGCACCAUCUCCAGCCUGCAGUCCACAGCCACGCUUCCCCCGUCCCCCCAGGAGGAGACACGCCCCCCGCUGCAGCACUUUGACCUGCUGGCCUGCUACGGGCCCGGUUCCCAGGUCUCCCAUUCCAACCCCAAUCUGUUCGCCAAUAAGGGCGCCUACGAUGUCAGCGGGCCAUACCACACCAACCAAUGGGGAGACACCUUCAUGGGGGAGAACUUUACUUCAGAGAGGAGUGGCAGAGGUUAGUUGUACAAACCUGUCCCUCUCUCAUAGUUCUAAUGCAUAGGAUAAUUAUUUAUAUGUUUAGCUAGCCUUUUGAAAAUGACCAGCCUGGUCACAGAACUGUAUGUGCUUUAGCCACUUCCUUUGUCAUGUGUUGCCAUGCCAUACAUACAGUCCAUGUUUGGCAUGACAACAAACUGGACUAGAGGAGUUGGCUAAAGCACAGACAGAUCUGCUACCAGGCUAAUCCAUAAUUGCAUAAUUAUCCUGUUCUUUUCUGUCAGGACAAUCUCCUCCUUUCCUGGCUGAGUCUGCCCACGCUAUGCAGGGGCACAGAACCAGGAGCAAGAAGAAAGGCCUCCAGGAGGGCCAGCACCGACGAGAGCUGCAUGACCAAGCAGGUAAGACAUAGUGGACAGUGGGCUACUUUUAUGUUAUCUUCAUAUCAUAUUUUCUCUUUGGAGAGGCUUUUAUACAAGGCAACACACAUAGCUUUUGGAAUAACAAGUUACCCCAGCUUAUUAUUUGCAAGAACUUAGAAAUGGCUCUAACUUCUUGGAAUUUUGCUAGAGGAGGUUUUUAAAUGCACAUAAGUAACAUGCCCGCCAUGGGAUUCAAGCCACAUCCUUACAGUACAGUAUAUUUACAUUUUGGUCAUGUAGCAGACAGUCUUAUCCAUUACGAAUCAUUAAAGUCCUAUAGUGUACAUCCAACUGUGAAUAGAUAGACAGCAGUGCUUUAAAGAGGCCACCUGUGUGGUUAAGUGAAGGCAGUGUUUUUUUAUCAUGAGCUGUCAAUCAGUCUGUGUAGACCUGCCCCCUCCACCAGCCCCACCCCCUGCAGCAGACAACCCCCUGCAGCUCCUGGCUGAUGUGCUGGGCUGCAGCCGGACACCGUCGGCGGACAACUCGCCGGCUCUGCAGAGGAGAGGCGACUACUCCUCACCCCAGAAGAGGGGGCCUGCCAUGUGGGGCUCACAGGGUAUGCAUCAAACCAUCUAAUUAAUGCAAAUACAGUGGGGAAAAAAAGUAUUUAGUCAGCCACCAAUUGUGCAAGUUCUCCCACUUAAAAAGAUGAGAGAGGCCUGUAAUUUUCAUCAUAGGUACACGUCAACUAUGACAGAAAAUCACAUUCUUGGAUUUUUUAUGAAUUUAUUUGCAAAUUAUGGUGGAAAAUAAGUAUUUGGUCACCUACAAACAAGCAAGAUUUCUGGCUCUCACAGACCUGUAAUUUCUUCUUUAAGAGGCUCCUCUGUCCUCCACUCGUUACCUGUAUUAAUGGCACCUGUUUGAACUUGUUAUCAGUAUAAAAGACACCUGUCCACAACCUCAAACAGUCACACUCCAAACUCCACUAUGGCCAAGACCAAAGAGCUGUCAAAGGACACCAGAAACAAAAUUGUAGACCUGCACCAGGCUGGGAAGACUGAAUCUGCAAUAGGUAAGCAGCUUGGUUUGAAGAAAUCAACUGUGGGAGCAAUUAUUAGGAAAUGGAAGACAUACAAGACCACUGAUAAUCUCCCUCGAUCUGGGGCUCCACACAAGAUCUCACCCCGUGGGGUCAAAAUGAUCACAAGCAAAAAUCCCAGAACCACACGGGGGGACCUAGUGAAUGACCUGCAGAGAGCUGGGACCAAAGUAACAAAGCCUACCAUCAGUAACACACUACGCUGCCAGGGACUCAAAUCCUGCAGUGCCAGACGUGUCCCACUGCUUAAGCCAGUACAUGUCCAGGCCCGUCUGAAGUUUGCUAGAGUGCAUUUGGAUGAUCCAGAAGAGGAUUGGGAGAAUGUCAUAUGGUCAGAUGAAACCAAAAUAUAACUUUUUGGUAAAAACUCAACUCGUCGUGUUUGGAGGACAAAGAAUGCUGAGUUGCAUCCAAAGAACACCAUACCUACUGUGAAGCAUGGGAGUGGAAACAUCAUGCUUUGGGGCUGUUUUUCUGCAAAGGGACCAGGACGACUGAUCCGUGUAAAGGAAAGAAUGAAUGAAUGGGGCCAUGUAUCGUGAGAUUUUGAGUGAAAACCUCCUUCCAUCAGCAAGGGCAUUGAAGAUGAAACGUGGCUGGGUCUUUCAGCAUGACAAUGAUCCCAAACACACCGCCCGGGCAACGAAGGAGUGGCUUCGUAAGAAACAUUUCAAGGUCCUGGAGUGGCCUAGCCAGUCUCCAGAUCUCAACCCCAUAGAACAUCUUUGGAGGGAGUUGAAAGUCUGUGUUGCCCAGCAACAGCCCCAAAACAUCACUGCUCUAGAGGAGAUCUGCAUGGAGGAAUGGGCCAAAAUACCAGCAACAGUGUGUGAAAACCUUGUGAAGACUUACAGAAAACGUUUGACCUGUGUCAUUGCCAACAAAGGGUAUAUAACAAAGUAUUGAGAAACUUUUGUUAUUGACCAAAUACUUAUUUUCCACCAUAAUUUGCAAAUAUAUUCAUUAAAAAUCCUACAAUGUGAUUUUCUGGAUUAUUUUUUCUCAUUUUGUCUGUCAUAGUUGACGUGUACCUAGGAUGAAAAUUACAGGCCUCUCAUCUUUUUAAGUGGGAGAACUUGCACAAUUGGUGGCUGACUAAAUAAUUUUUUUCCCCCACUGUAUGCAAAUACACACAGUACAGUAAUAUAAAAGCCACAACCACACACAUAUUGUGAUUGAGGUCUAGUAAUGCUCCGUCUACAUUCAUACACAUACAAAUCCUCCGUGGUCUUAAUAUAACGCAUCGGUUUAAGCACACAUAUCUAGCAGCAAUCCCCUCUACCCAGGUGGACAGAGAUGGUGGGGAGUCUGGUCCAGCACUUAGAUUCUGAACCAUAUAAUUCCAGCUGCACUUUUGAGUGAUUGCAGUAUUGCAUAUUGUCAUCUGCAGAUGAGGGGGUAAUCCCGUACUGCCCAUCCAGCUUUCUGCCCCGGGGCCAGAUGUCAGGCUACGGUUCCCUUGGUGGAGGGGCCUCCUCGCGGGUUUCAACUGGACAGCGAGAGCCUGGAGCUGCCCGGAGUAGGGACGAGGUGAGUCCAGUGUGAAGGACAGCAGGACUGGCUCAGUAGAGACAUGAUGUUAGUCCUAUAGUUAUCAGUGUUGGUUGUUGUCCUCCUAAAGUCUAGUACUGUAGUGGGUUAAUGUAAGGCAAUGAUUUGGUGAUGAUCCAAGACAACUUUGGGUCUUAAUCAGUGUUGAUUGGUGUGGCACAGAGAGCCAAGAGACCCAGUGGCCCAAGACAUACCUGGCUCUCCGCUGCUUUAAUUGUUCUACUAAUCUGGUCUGGUUUAUCCAACAUGUUGGUAAUAUUAAUUCCAAAUCAAGACUGCAGUGUUUCCAUCUAUAGUAUGUUGCACAGGGUAGAUGAUGUACAUGUCAAACUAAUGUUUUGACAAUGGCUUAGAUGUAGGCAAAUAUGGGGGUCAGUAGAUUUAUAAGAGCUCAACCAUAAAUGGAAUACUCAUAUUUGUGUGGCUAAGCCUUGGCUAAAUUACAGUGUCAGGAUUAGUUUUUGGCACCAGCCCCAUCACUGAUUGUGUUGUGUGUUUGUUUACUUUCAGAACCUCAUAUAGCUGGAAGCAGAUUAUGUGACGUGAAGUUCUCCGCCAUGUGUUUUUUAAAAGGUUGUUUUGCUGCUUCCAUCUUUGCUGAACUCCAGCCUGUUGCCAUGGUGUCAAAGAAGAGCUGA